AUGAUCUCGACGCCGGGCCUCGGCCUGUUCCUGUUGUUGUCCGCCCUCUGCCUACACAGAACACCUGUCGACGGGCUGAACAUAUUAAUGUAUGUUCCGACACUAUCCUAUUCACACGUCGCAUUCAAUGGGAAGAUUGCCGAGGCACUUAUCGAACGGGGCCAUCAAGUGGUGAUGCUCCACAUCGCACUAGAUGACGGCGUCAGCGUCUACAAGGAGUCGACUGCCACGAAACUACGACACGAUACGGGAGUCCCGCCGGGUGCCUUGUUAAAUACGCUAUGGCGUAACCCGGGGCCGUUUGAGAAUUCGAACCCGUUGAAUCCGUUGAUAUUACGCAAAUUCUUGCGGUUAUCCCGGCUUUUCCUCGACUCUUGCAUCGCCACCGGGCUGCACGCCGUCCAACCGAAUACACUUGGCAUUCCGCAGCCGAACAGCUACGUUCCAGAUCUGUUCGGACCGUUCACCGACGAUAUGACGCUUUUGGAGCGGGCGCAAAAUACGCUUCUGACGCGCACGACACAUUUCUUAUUUCAGGUCCUCUCGUUGCGCAGCAUUAACAGCAUCUGGAGAUCAAAGGGGGUCUUCCAGGCCGAUCGUCAUGUUGAUGAGAUCCCGCAAAGCGCCUCUGCUGUUAUUGUAAAUACUGUUCCAUCUUUUGACUUUUCCGGGCCGACAUUGGCACAUUUUCAUUACAUCGGAGGGCAUACCGUCGAGGCUACGCCGCCCUCAUUAAAUGAGGAAUGGUCCCUCAUUGCCGAAAAGCGCCCAUUCGUCCUCCUAACCUUCGGCUCAAUAGCCAAAACCUCGGAAAUGCCACCCCACCUGCAGCAGGCAUUCUUUGAGGGCUUCAAAGCGUUCCCGGAAAUCAACUUUAUCGUCAAGUACGAGAAGAUGAACGAGACGAUCCGCAUCAGGGAGGCCGAUAAUGUGAUCCUGACAGAAAUGGAUUCCGCAGAUAUCAUUGAUUGCCCACCCCAACUACAAAGCCAUCAUCACGCAUGGCGGGUGGAGCAGCAUCCUCGAGUCGUUGGUCCACGGCAAACCCAUGCUAUUGAUGCCACUUUUCGCGGACCACGCGAAAAACUCGAAAGUUGUCGAGGCGAAGCGCGCUCGGCACUGUCCAAUCAACCCCGCCAUCGCCCUACCGGC